AUGGCGCCUUUGGCACUUCUCAUGGCAUGGGCAGCUGUGCCCGUGCUAGCGAUGGAGCCCAACGUCCUCUUCAACAUGACGUUCACCGACAUGAACACAUUCUACUCGCAGUUCCCCCUCCGCUUCGAGUCCCUCGUCGCGAACAUCUCUUGGGGUUGGAACAGCUCCUUCUCCAACUCUUCAUGGAACAGUUACGUUCCAGGAAUGGUGGGGGAAGGCGAGUCCAUGUCCACAAUCAAUGCCAGUGGGACGGUCACGGCCAAUCAUCCUAGCCUCUCGUUCACCUUCAUUGGCAGCUCAGUCUGGCUUCUGGGAGAUUAUGAGGAUGUGAUGCCCGACGCGUGGGCCAAUGGGUCCGCGGUUGGCGAUCACGUCCCAUUGACUCUGGCCAUCGAUGGCGUCCUCGAACCCACAGCAGCGGGUCCACCAGAUGGGCUUUUGGCCUAUUCCACUGGGCUCGAUAGCGGAUACCAUAUCGCCUACGCACUGCUUCUGGACGACACCACCGUCUUUAAAGGUGUCACUCUGAACUUAGGUGUUCAAACUCAAGCCACCACCGAAUACUGGGUCGUGAACAGCAGUCAGAAUGAAUUUUUCGUCUCCUCAGGCAACUGGACGGUCCAAGACCACAUCGGCGGUGUUGGCGGACAGGACCCAAUUCCUUACACAUACCUGCUGGGGGACGACGAUGCAGGUUCCUCCACUGUUUCGUCUACAUCUUUCAGCAUUCCACCCAACUCAUCGUUCAUGAUGGUCAAUGGUACGAUGGGCCCAAACCAAUUCAUGGCCUCUAUCAACCCAUCACCCCGGACGCCUUCGGACGACCACAGGGGCGGCCCUAUUCUGAAUGAAAUCUACAAUGCGUGGGCUGUCCGUGAUGCCGUGCUCUACAUGGCCUCGCUGGACCCGCAGAAGGUGUACAACAUCACCAUCACAAAUCUUCGCGAUGCGGCGUACAAUGUCACGCAAAUCGGCGUGCACAGCGUCACGUUCUGGUCUGGUCUCUACGAUACCCCAGGUAUCGGAGUCGUUAGUCCGACAGGCCAACCCUUGAGCCCAGGAGCUAUUGCUGGCGCCGUCCUUGGCAGUGUAGUCGGUGUCCUUGUCGUCGCCAUCCUCACGUACAUACUGGCUGUGCGGAGAACCCGCUCCGGGAUUCGAAAGCAGCUCCAGGGAGAUAAGUCCAAAUUCGAAGUAGAGGAGAAGGGCGAGGCGGCCGACUACACUCCUUAUGGUACGGAGCUCGCUCCCUCGCUCUCCAACCAGUCUUCGAAACUGGAGUCUCUCCUCAUGUAUGUUUCGGCUGCUCGUUUGCGCCCUCCAGUCAUUCCCACUCACACGAUCACCAGUGACGAUGUUGCGAUCCCAGCUGGCAUACCCCCAGCGGUCCCCGCCCCCCAUCUUCCAAUCGAGAGGGUGCGGUACGAACAGGAGGAGGACCAAGGUAUCCUUGAGCGCGUCGAGUAUGUGCCGCCGCGAUAUAACCCGGAAUGGGCGAUCGCUUCCAGUGCGGCAGACUCGCAGCAGUCACUUCCUGAGAAUGACAGCCACUAUGACUAUGCUCUCUCACCUGCAACCAUCAUGAGGAGCUUAGAUUCAGGUUCACCUUCAAUUGUCACCGAUUCCACCAAGUCUCCAUCAACCGGAUCGCCUGUCAGCCCAGUGACAGAGUCUUCUUGGGCCAACAGCCCGUCGACAAAGGUCGGAGAUGUCGAGCCUCCGCUGAACAGGAGCCAGAGUGAGCUCAAAGCACGCACCGAAGUCAUCAGCAAGACUGGACCGCCUAAUGCGACUGGAACAGGAGAGAACUGGACGUGUGUUGCUGGCGCCAUUUGCAGGCAGGGCGGCACUUGGCCUUCUGGCGCUCCCUGGGGAGGAUUGGCGAUCCUGUCAGUCUCAUCCAAACCCAACACUCGCACACUUGAGUUUGGUUCAUUGGAAGAAGAGGAGGCCAAUCCGCCAUGUGUCCCAUUGUGA